AUGGGGGAUUUCUUGUUAAACGGGAACCCAAAGUCGCCAGUGGAACGCAAGCUUGCGUCUUCGCCCGUGCAGAAAGCAAAGCCGCUGCCUCCGUGUCCUUUUAACGAGCAGGAGCUUUUUUACUGCAGCGACGGUGCCUCCGCUGCGGAAGUUUUCGAGAACUCCACCGUAGGCUACGCUUACAACGACAUCAUACUCCUGCCUGGGCAUAUCUACUUCUCUUCGGAUGAUGUGAGCUUAGAAACGCGUAUAUCGCGUCGCAUCGCGCUGAAAACCCCGCUUGUCUCGUCGCCGAUGGAUACGGUGACCGAGUCCGCGAUGGCGAUUCACAUGGCGCUGCACGGGGGUCUCGGAGUCAUCCACUACAACAACACGAUACGUGAACAGAAGAAAGAGGUUGAUCGGGUGAAGCGGUUCGAAAACGGCUUUAUUACGGACCCCAAAACGCUCUCUCCGGAACACACAAUCGCCGACGCGAGAGCGAUCAAAGCGCGCUACGGCUUUAUGGGUAUACCGAUCACGGAGAACGGCGCCAUGUAUAGCCGGCUGCUGGGGAUUGUCACGAAUCGUGACAUCGAGUUCAUCCGCGACCCCAAUACCAAGCUCGGCGACGUCAUGACCCGAGACCUGGUGACUGCCCCCGAAGGCAUCGGCCUCGAUGAAGCGUACGCGAUCGUGAAGGAGAGCAAGAAGGGCAAGUUGCCGAUUGUGAAUGAGCGCCACGAACUCGUAGGACUUGUUGCACGCACGGACAUCUUGAAAAACCGGGAUUUUCCGAACGCGACAAAGGAUCGGGUGGGAAAGAAACUUCUCUGUGGCGCAGCGAUCGGUACACGCCUGGAGGAUCGCGAACGCCUGGAUGCACUCGUGGAGGUCGGGGUUGACCUCAUUGUCCUUGAUUCGUCCCAGGGCGACUCGGUAUUUCAAUUGGAGAUGCUUCGGUAUAUUAAGAACAAGUACAGCCACCUCGAGGUCGUCUGUGGGAACGUUGUGACCACGACCCAGGCGUACCAUUUGCUCAAAGCAGGCGCUGACGGGUUACGCAUCGGUAUGGGGUGCGGCAGCAUCUGCACAACCCAGGAGGUCAUGGCGUGUGGUCGACCACAAGCCACUGCAGUGUAUCAGGUAAGCAAGUUUGCGCGCGAGCACGGGGUCCCGACCAUUGCCGACGGCGGUGUGAGCAGCAUCGGCCAUAUUAUCAAGGGUCUCGCAUGUGGCGCCAGCUGUGUCAUGAUGGGCAGCAUGCUGGCUGGUACCGAGGAGGCACCCGGCGAGUAUUUCUACAAGGACGGUGUUCGCCUGAAAAAGUACCGCGGAAUGGGUAGCGCUGAAGCAAUGCAAAAAGGCAGCGCUGUGCGCUAUUUUAGCGAAGAUGAUCGGAUUUUUGUGGCGCAGGGGGUCAGCGGCGCCGUCGUCGACAAGGGUUCACUACGACGAUACCUCCCGUAUUUGAUCAAUGGUAUCAAACACGGUUUUCAAGAUCUGGGCGUACCCAGUUUGGAAGAGUUGCAUAACCGGCUGUACAACGGAAGAUUACGGUUUCAAGUGCGCACGCUCGCGGGCCAACUCGAAGGUGCCGUGCACUCUCUCUACACUUAUGAACGUAGCGCAGUUUAG